UUCAACAGUUACUUCAAGACUAUCACAUAAGAAAACCAAAAAUGAAAAGUUUCAUUGUACUAGCGCUCUGUUUAGCGAUUUCCGCUGCUAUCCCUUUGGACAUAGUCGAAGAUGAAGAAGGUCAAGAGUACCUGGUCGUUCCUUUACAUAGAGAAAGAAGAGAAGUGAAAGUCGGCGCCAGUCAAAGCGGUGUCAACCUAGGUCAUUCCAGCACGUACGGUAACGGUCCACAUAGAGUAGACACAACCGUAGGAGCUAGUAAAUCUUGGGGAUCACACGGUAUCAAACCCGACUCAUUUGGUGGCAGUGUUAGCUACAGCCACACACCAUCAGGUUCAUCGGCGUUUGUAGGAGCAAAUAGAGCUCCAGGAUAUGGGACUGACGUUUCAGCUGGGGGUAGAUACAAUUUCGCUGGUGGAAAAAAUUGGAACGCGGGGGCUUCCGCUGGUUAUAACCGUCAUUUCGGAGGACCUGGCGGUACUGGUAAACCACAAGCUAGUGUUGGAUUAGGUGUUAAUGGUAGAUUUUAAGUUAUUGAUUAAUAAAAUAUUAGGAAUCUAA